AUGGACCACCGGCGCAGCGACCUCGCAAAUUGGCCCCUAUCCCUCCUCCCCGUACUAACCAGCCAAGUUGUGCCACUUGUGGUGGAGCUCAUAGGACUACAGAUUGCAGACAGGCUUUCGGAGCUUGUUAUAGGUGUGGCAAUUAGGGUCACCGCAUUGCUCAGUGUUCGCAAAUGCUUUCUAAGCCUCAACAGACUUUUAAAGACGGGCAGACCUAAGACUCCAGGACGAGUCUAUGCUCUAACUCAAGAUGAUGCUCAUGCCUCUAAUGCUGUGGUGUCAGGUACCUUACCAGUAUAUUCUGCUUAUGCAUGUGUUUUGUUCGAUUCUGGAGCUACGCACUCCUUUAUUUCUUCUGCAUUUGUUCAGAAGCAUGCUUUGCCUACUGUUGUGUUGGAUUAUGAUUUGAGUGUUGCUACACCUGUUGGUGAUGCCUUAGUAAUCAGCAAAGUUUGUGUAAACUGUCCUGUGGUAUUUGAUAAUCAUAUGUUGCUAGCCGAUCUCUAUGUCAUGAGCAUGAAGGACUUUGAUGUUAUUUUGGGGAUGGACUGGUUAUCCUCCACCCAUGUAGUGGUCGAUUGCCAUAGGAAAAGAGUUGACUUUAGAAUCCCUGGAGAAACAGAUUUCUCGUUUCUUGGGAGUGCUUCCGUAUCACCAGCUCGAGUAAUUUCUGCCCUGUAA